AUGUCUUCGAAGUAUAGCGACUCUCCAGAUGUCAAGAGCGAUCAAGCUCUGAGUGGAAAAGAUGCGUCUCCGGCCGACGACGUUUCCCAGUCGAGCUGUUGGAUGUGUGUGUCGUUCCGCAACUGGACUUGGGAGUCAAUACUGGCAACAGCAGCAACAUGUCUAGGGCUCGCCAUAGGCUACUGGGUGCGAUUGAAGAGACCAGAAACUGAUCUUUGGACCGAUAGACAAAUAAUGUACAUCAACUUUCCAGGCGAACUUCUCUUGAGGAUGUUGACCAUGUUAUUCGUCCCCUUGAAAGUAUCCUGCAUUGUGGGAGCAGUAGGAAGCACCUCUUACAAAGUGAGCGCUCGCCUCAUGCGAUGGGCUUUCCUCUACAUCGUGGCCACGGCAGCUCUUUCAGCCCUGGUCGGCUUUGCAGUGGCUAUGAUUGUACAACCCGGGUUCUUUCGAACCCCUAGCAACUAUACAGGUCUUACACCAACCCUGAACUACAGUGCUGUCUUCACCGCCAACCUCCUGCUUCAGAUGGUCAGAGACAUGUUUCCACCGAAUAUAGUGCAGACGGCUGUGGCAACUUGGUCAUCGGUACGUGAGCUCUCGCAUGUCGAUGACAUCCAAGAGUCGGACAGCGGAGAGUCUCGAGCCAAGAUCGACGAAGUCUCAUCCAAUGGUCUGGGCCUUAUGGCCUUUUCGCUGGCAUUGGGCUUUGUCCUAGCGCAUGCAGCGGACGACCGAAAUGUCAUGGUUAACUUCUUCAUUAGUCUUAGCAACAUCCUCAUAUCGGUAUGGCGUAUCUUCCUCUGGUAUCUUCCGAUCGGCUUCUUCUUCUUGUCCGCUGGAGACGCCAUUCUGCACAGGCCACUGGGUGAGCUUCCAGGAGUAAGUGGCUGCGCAGCAACCGUUGUCCUAGCCCUCCUUUUGCACAUGUUCGUGGUUCUACCUCUUCUCUACCGCACGUUUAUCAAGAAGGGCAGCCCCAUAGCCUCGCUUCCCGUAACGAUUUGGUCGAUGGAACACCGGGCGGGCCUCGACCCGAGGGUGGCGCGUUUUGUAGCAGCGAUUGGAGUUAACAUCAACACCAAUGGGAUGACCAUCUUUCUCGCUGUGUCCAUCGUCUUUCUUCUGCAGUACUACAACAUAUCCAUCACCGUUUACGAUUUCCUCUAUAUAGGGUUAGGCACCGUUGUUGCCAGCAUCGCCGAAUCUGACGCCACUAGGGUGUCUACGGGACCGGCUUCCAUAUCGGACUACAUUGCUGGUGCGUCGUCUCAAGACAAGGCCGUACUCUACACUACUUUAUCACUCGUGCAACGCCUGUGUGCCGUAACCAAUGUGAUUGGCGAUUGUGUGGGCGCUGCAAUCUGUCAAGAAAUAAUCAUGGAGGAUCUUCUCGACGAAGCUACCGAAGGCUCCUAGGUGGCAUUCUUCUAGCACUAAUUGUUUCGAUUAUCUAAACAAAUAUUUAAACUUAUAAUUGAUGUUAGUAAAGAGGUCGAAAUGAGAGGACGUGGGUGGGGGACGACUGUAACCGACACCAAUCUGCGUAAGGACGGAUUUUUACGAGUAAAUAAACUUUGGUUGCCAGUUCA